AUGGCAGACGUGGAAGCUGCUCCUGGCGAUACCCCUGUAGAGACCGAGAAUGCACCGGUCGCUGCUGCUGCUGAACCAUUGUCUUCUGAAAUUAUCGCUGGAUGUCUUUCGAAUCUUUCUCGUACUUCGAACGGAUUGUCUGUCGCGUACACAAAGCUAGAUUGUAGAUCAAAAUCCAUCGCUGAUAUUGAUCUACUCAGGAACUUUCACCAUCUAAAGUUUGUGGAUUUAUCGGAUAAUGCCAUAAAGAAUAUUGCGCCCCUUGGUCCCUUGGAUAAUUUAUUGACCAUGGAAGUCAAGAACAACCAAGUCAAAGCAGUACCCAUUGAUCUAGACGCCCGUAAAUACUUGCAAAGAGCAGAUUUAUCUUCAAACAAGAUCGAAUCCUUUGAUGUAAAGAGCUGGCCUCUUUGUCAUUACUUGAAUCUGAAUGACAAUCAGUUGGAACAGCUACGUUUGCCUGACUUCCCCCAACUCUAUCAUUUGGAAGCUCGAAACAACAAGCUGAACAACACCGGUGGUAUUGGAGCACCUCUGUUGCAAAAACUCUACCUUGCUGGAAAUCAAAUAGACACCAUUGUCGGUUUGGAAAGUCUCACUAAACUAGAGUUCAUGCAUUUACGUGGCAACAAGAUCUCACGCUUGGACGGGUUCUCAGCCAAUAAUGUGGCCCUUACUGGUCUCAAUCUGAGGGGUAAUCUCGUUUCGGAUCCUAACGAACUCGACAAACUCACAGUACUACCGGCAUUGACCAAACUCACAUUGUCUGAAACUCCACUUGCCGAGAACUCACACUACCGCUUGGAAGUUGCCAUGAGACUGAAGAACCUAACUAUGCUCGACAAGAUUGAAUUCACACCUGACGAACGCGAGGAAGCUGUGCAAUACAAGGAACAAUUAGAAGCUGAAAAGGCAGAGGCAGCUGCAGCAUUAAAAGCAGCCCAAGAGGAAGAGGAACGUUUGAAGCUAGAGGAGGCUGAAGCUGCUAAGGCUGCUGCUGAAGCUGAAGCUUUAGCAGCAGCAGCACCUGCUGAAGCCCCGACCGAAGGUGGUGAACCGGUUGAAGGAGGAGAAGCACCUACAGCAGGAGAAGAACCUCCUGCAGAAUAA